ACUCUGCCAAAUCUCACUGGCUCGCUCAUCGUGGCUCUCAUUCAGACCCGAGUGAGGCGUAUGAACCGCGGAGUCCGCCAUUGGGCUGUUUCCUUGUCCGUCCGAUGAGGGAGGGCCACUGUGUUUUUCGUUUUUUAGUUUGUUUUAUUUUGUUUUUUAUUCCCCUAUUGCCUCGGUACGGAAGCCGAGCGGGGACCAGCUGGUUACACAGCGACCGCGGGUCUCCACCCGAGAGUAUGGCGGCUGGAAUCUGCUCCGGAAAGCGGUGAAGGGGGUGAGGGAGAAGCAGAGACAUGCCAGAGAUGGUGAAGAAAAAACAAAGAGACGCAAGUUCUAUAAUUAGGUGUAGCUGCAGUUUUAGUUUGUGUUGCUUUUCCCCACAGCUUGAGAAUUUGUGCGUGUAGUUUAUUCUAACACCCCACCUCCCCCGCGUCCUCGAUGGACCAAGUUUGUUUUUUUCUGAUGCACACACAGGGCACAAGCAGAUGAAAACCCCGCACGGUCCACAUCAUCGGGCUAUAUUUUCAUCCUCCCUGUGCGCGCUUUUUGAGGACAGCUCCAGUCCACGGAUGCCAGCGUGUGGCCUGCCUGCGACGGGGAAGAAUUUCCACAAUGAAACCCUCCGAGUCUUUGUGCUCUGCAUUAGUUGAGCAAUGACAGCGCUAUUGACGAGCCCGUUCAAAAUGGGACGUGGAUGGUGAGCGCAGUACCGUGCAGUGGGGGGAAAACAUUUUGACUUUAUUUCAAUGACGCGCGAAGAUUGAUAUCCCUGACCAGCUGAUUAAAAACCCACGAUGCGCGAGUAUAAAGUGGUGGUCCUGGGAAGCGGUGGGGUCGGGAAAUCAGCCCUCACCGUGCAGUUCGUCACCGGGACGUUCAUCGAGAAGUACGACCCUACCAUAGAGGAUUUCUACCGCAAGGAGAUCGAGGUGGAUUCCUCGCCCUCGGUGCUGGAGAUCCUGGACACCGCCGGUACCGAGCAGUUCGCCUCCAUGCGGGAUCUGUACAUCAAGAACGGACAGGGGUUCAUACUGGUCUACAGCCUGGUCAACCAGCAAAGCUUUCAGGACAUAAAGCCCAUGAGGGAUCAGAUCAUAAGAGUGAAAAGGUACGAGAAGGUCCCCGUGAUCCUGGUGGGGAACAAGGUGGACCUGGAAAGCGAGAGGGAGGUAUCGUCAGGCGAGGGCCAGGCCCUGGCCGAGGAGUGGGGCUGCCCCUUCAUGGAGACCUCGGCCAAAAGCAAAACCAUGGUAGAUGAACUGUUUGCUGAAAUCGUUCGACAGAUGGACUACGCCGCCCAGCCAGACAAGGAUGACCCCUGCUGCUCCUCGUGCAAUAUACAAUAACACCCUCGGGGUCAUUUGACUUACAGGAGACAGUCACACACAUGCAGACUCCAGUUACAUUUAGGACCAAUUCAUGGUUAAACGCAAUUGAUAUCAGCUCAGCGGAGCAUAAAAACUCUUAGACAUGACAAUUAAUAAUGAAGUGAGUAAAGCAUAAAUCCUGAAUGAGAAAAACAAAGAAUAUCCCACAACAGAAUUUGACAAACAACAAAAUGGAACAUGUCCACACCUUAUGUUAAUUAUUUUGUUGUUUGUUUUGAUCUUUUUUAGAUAUAGAGGAGGUAAAUCCUCUGCAAAAAAUCACAGACUGCAAUCUUUACGCAGAGAUCCAUUUCUUUUUUCAUGACUUUACUACACAUUAAUCCAAUACAGCUUUUCUGGGAAUCAGCCGUUUCACAUAUUUCAGAGUAUUAGAGAUGCUAUAUGGUAAUUUUUUCUUCCAGUUUAGUUUGUGCAUCGGGGGUCUGGAGCUUUUUCUACUCAUCACAGGGCUGAAAUACAGAGGUGACCUAAAGGCACCUCAUUUUGUUUUAUAUUUUUCAGUUGAUCAAAACAGUAAUAGAGAGAAAAAUGGGUAAGUCGGUGUCUUUCUUUAAAACACCGGUGCAGUCAUCUCUUCCAUUUUCUCACAUAGCAUUCUUUCACGUAUCGUGUGAUGUUUCUUUUCUCCUCCCUGGGAGACUCUGACAGCAGAUUGCUGUGUAGUAGUAUAACUAAAUGCUUCAUUCUGAUGGGACAAAGAGUGUUUUCAUUCUUUGAAUUUCCACCAAAGACUAUCUCCACACAUUUCAUUCAAGAAUGAUUGAGGCUCGAAGUGAAGAUGCCAACUUUUCUUUCCCUCGGUAGUCUGAAUGAAAAGAAGCCCUCAAGAGGUCCAGCAUCCUUAUGCCGCUCUUUCCAUCCAGAGGGGAUGUUGAUGGGUUGUAAGGCGUGGAGGUUGAUAACAAUAACAGUUGUGUAAAUAUUUUGUAUUGAAAGUGCCAGCUCAUACAAAGACACUGACUCAACAUGUGGAUUGUAUGAAUGGCUAGAAAACCAAAAAAAAGAAAGGACUGUUAUUGUUUGAGAUGAAUAUAGGCUGUGGAAAUGUGCAUCAAACAAGUCUGGCUCUGGACACUGUUCAAACUAUACAUUAAUGUUGGAACGGGGAGCAAAUCUUUCCACCGUGUGGCCAUUUUCAUUGUUGAUUUUCUAUUUUUUUAUGUGACCAUUUACUCUCUAUCCCUCGACAAAUGGUAACACUGUUACAUUUAAUCAACUGACCAAUAAAGGUGCGUUCAACUCA